GCUCAGUUAGCGAGCGUUCAUUGUUCUCAUCAAGACCUUCACUGGGUACGACAGAGACUUCGACGAUUCUUCCAACUCAACCUAAGUCUAAACUUUGGUGACGUAAAUUAUGGCGACCUGUGGAAAACUCGUGGCGGGGCUGCUGAUGCUGUUCCUGUUGUCUGCAGUGUUGGAUCGUUCCUCCGGCUGUAUCUGCUGGGAAAGCUGUUGCAAUCGCAAGCUCCAUCAGCUCAUGGAUGUGCAGAACAUGUUCGAAAUCUGCGACCUUGACAACAACAAGGUUGUGACGAUGACCGAGGUGCAGCUGGCACUGCCCGCAACUGGCAAAGAAGCCGUUCGUCAAGCCUUCAAUAGCUUCGACCUCAAUGGGGACGGGAAGAUCACCGAGGAUGAAUUGGUCCCUCUCCCCGAGUCUUCAGACCUUCCGAAAAACUGAGUCAAGCGCCGAAAGCUGUGGCCUAUGAAGACUUUGAAGAUUCAAAGUUAACCAAGAAAAAGUAGCCAUUAGUCUCAAUCAGAAGCAAUUGCUUCUGGUCGUGGAAAAAAUAUAAUGAGAGGCAAAUAAAAUUGUUCAGCUUGUUGGCGA